AUGUCUCGUUACGAUGACUACCGUUCCUCAACAGGGACUCUAGACUCCCGCGAUCGGUAUGACCGCUAUCGAGGCCCACCCGUGGCCGAACGACCCCGCCACGCCGAGGACGAGCGCUUCGAAUUCCGCAUGCACGAAGAAGACCGGUAUGGCCCUCCUGCACGCACCCCUGGUCGCCGAUAUGAUGACGAGCACCUGGUUCGUACGUCCGGACCUCUUGUGGCGCAUGACCGCCGCCGCCGUGACGAAAGUCCCUCCUUCAUUCGGCCUCGUUUACUUAGGCGCCAGUCUUCCCUGGAUACCUUUGACCGCAUCCCUCGUCGCAAGAUGGAAGAGGUUCGCGAUCGAGCCCCACGUAUGAGGGGUAUACCUUCUGCUCCGCCGCCACCUCGCGCGUCGCCUGGUCGUUAUCGUGAGCGUGAAAUUUACGAGGAUAUUCGCAUUGCUGAUCCGGACACCUACGGCGACGAGGAGUACAGAGGUAUGCGUGAUCAAGAUGGUAUGGGUCAUCAUCGUCGCUCGAGCAGUGCGAGGCGCCGGCAUCAUGAGGAGAAGCCCUAUCCGCGCAAAGGCAAGACUCGCAUUCCUCGAAAAUGGGUGCAUAUCCAUGCCAUAUUGGAUCUAGGGUAUCCGUUUAAAGAAGAGGUAUACAAUCUUGAUGCCCCUUCAUCCAUUGGUAGUUGCUGA